AGCAGCGAGCCAAGCGAGCCGCUUGGUGGCUUGGAGCCGCUUGCUCGCUCGCGCGCGCGUUGCCCAUCGUUGUCCAUAACCUUCAAGUCUUCUGGUGAGGUUGUCCGAGUCGAUCGCACGAUCGCACGAUCGUCGUCGUCGUCGUCGUCGUCGUCGUCGUCGUCGUCGACGCGACGUGACGAGACGAGACGUGACGUAGGACGCGCAACAUCGCGCGAACGUCGCGCCAUCGAGACACCUGCUGCCGGCUGCGAUUCGAAAAAGGUGCAGGGUGGUGUCCUCGCCUCGCGUCCUCGGCAUAUACCGGAUGGAAGACUAGAAGGUAUAUGGACUGUCGAGAAAGGCUGCUCGCUCGUACGAAAGAUCAUGGGUCAUGGGUCGAGCCGCUCUGCUUCGUCAAACAUCCUUUCUACAGAGGAAUUGACCUUAGUGGAAAACCUCUUUAAAUCCAUGUCCCGCAGCUCAGGUUCCAUCAAACGCGAGGACAUAUUCAAACAUUGGUCGAUACAUUUGGACGAUGCGUUAUUGCAGUUCGUGGUCCGAUUUCUCUGUCACGAUCCAGGAAAGAAGGUCUCGACCAUCAAUGGAGAAAACUUCGGUCGGCUCUACGUCUUCGCCGUACGCGGUAAUCCCGAGGAACGCACCAACUUGAUCUUCGAUGGUUUCUCGGAAGAGGAGCAAAAAUAUGAAAUGCCCACCACUUCGUUCCUUCAAUAUCUCCAAGCAACGAUUAACUCUUACUUGCGACUGCAGAAGAACUCCGGCAAUGCGCAUUACCUCACUUGGAGUAGCAUCGGCUGCACCGUCAACACCAGGCGCAUAGGAAUGCGUUCUCGCAGUCUUUGCGAGGACUUGAUCAAGUACGGAGAUACGUUGACCGUCGAUCAAGUGGAAAAUUGGUUCACGACAGCUGCCACGUUCAAGAAUAUUCAAUCACACGUUUUCCAAUAUCUUUAUCUAGUCUCUCAAAAGAAGGGUAGCGAUAAGAAUACGGGAGCGCGAAUAAACGAUCUGAAUCUUUUGCCGUUGUGCAAAGGUUUGGAAAAUAUACCGCACUUUCCAAGUAUAUUAGGUUUAGGAGAUGUUCUGUUCCUAAAUUUGAGUCUGCCACAUGAAUUACGUGACGAAUGGCGAUUUCUAUUUUCGAGUCAGGUGCACGGCGAAUCGUUUUCGACUAUGCUAGGAAGGAUCGCGAUGCAAGGUGCUACGAUUAUCAUACUUCAAGAUAUGGACGACCAUGUGUUUGGUGGUUUUGCUUCGGACAGCUGGAAGCUAGGACCGAAUUUCAUGGGAAACCAAACGUCCUUCCUAUUCAAACUUGAGCCGGAUAUAUUGACAUUUUCAUCGACAAAUUACAACAAUCACUAUCAAUAUCUCAAUCUCCAUCAGCAAACGAUGCCUAAUGGCCUGCUUAUGGGGGGGCAACUUAAUUAUCCCGGCCUCUGGUUGGAUUGCGAAUACGGCACCGGCAAGUCGAGCUUGACGUGUACAACUUUUCAAAAUUAUGUACAGCUUAGCGGUAAGGAAGACUUCAAAAUCAAACAUUGCGAAGUAUGGGGAGUCGGUCCAGUACCGGAUGUGGAAGAAGACGUGCGUGAAAUGAAGUCUGUGUUGGAUCAAGAUCCAACAUCGAAGGUCAUGCUAGAAUUGUCUGGUCGUAAGUUACACAGUGAAGGACUUCGUGAGGAUCAAGAGUAAUUGUGAUAUGUGUAGAGAUUUUUAUGAGAGUUUGAGCAAAGAGAGAGAGAGAGAGAGAGAGAGAGAAAGAGCACGCGAAAAAAUGCUAGUUGUAAAGAUAUUUGCAGAUAUUUAAGAUUGAUCGAUUGAUUUUACACAGAAUAAAAUCUAUAUAAAUAUUGUUAUCGAUUCUUACAGUUGUAAUGAAAUAUAUGCGGGUACGAGAGACGUAUUAAAAAACUCAUAAUUAUAUAGUAAUAUUUACGAUAUAAACUUUUCUCAUUUUACACGAGCGUGUGUAUCUUGAAACGAAUUCACGUGAUAGCAACGCGAAAAACAAAACACAUUAAUAGAAACGAAUUAUAUUACGAAAAUUGUUGUAAAAGUGAGUGAAAAAAUUUUGCUUAUCUGUUUGCAUGAGUGAAUUCCACAUACAGUUUUACAAACUUGUGUGUAAGACUAUUUGUUUAUAAUUAUUUAUCAAGUAUAUUAUUACAGGACUUUUGUCCCCUUUUAUAACGGCCUGACAUCUUUCGAUUCGCGAUUGUUUCUUCGAUCAUUCGAUCAUAUUUAUCAUGAAAUUUAUUAUGUGUAUACGUGUAUCUAUGAAUUCAGUGCUAUGAUAUUAAAGAAUGCCGAAUUGUUGCGUGGCCUGAAUGCCUAUUGUCUAGUGCCUGACGAGUCGUUAUAAUUGUUGAUUUACCGUUCUCUGCGUAUGUGUUGAUUAUUCAUAAACGAAUAACCGUGUGCCACACAAUUGUUUUUAUUAACUAAGACUGCAUAAUUGUGCAAAGAAUAAAAAAAAGUAUCCAAACACUCUGAUCGUUUGCCAAUUAUAAAGUCAAAGAAAAUCAUCGCAUUAGUGUAAGA